ACAUCUAUCAAGUCGCUUGUUUUGCAGUAAAAGACCAACAAACGACCACUACCGGUUGUAAGUUUGACCUUGACCCCGAAAAAACAGCAUGGAGGAACAACAAGAAAAUUUGAGUUUUCUUCCUCUUAUUUAUGACAUUGUAAAAAGUAUUGAGAAAGAUUCUCACGAGGUGCCCCAGAAGAUCAGUGAUCUGAAGGCGAGGUUCCAGAAAGGACGAGAAUACAUUGAGAAACUUCCUGGUAUCGAUCACAACUGUGAGGAGCAACUACAACAGCUGGAAAUCCUGCGUAAACAAUUCACCAACAAAACAGAACUUCUACAAAAAUACAAAAAUCAGUGCAAGUUUGAGCUGCCACACCAGUAA